AUGUCAAAGGCUUUCGUCGACGGACUUCUUCAAUCCUCAAAGGUUGUCGUCUUCAGCAAAUCGUACUGCCCGUAUUGUCAUAAGGCUCGUGCUGCCCUCGAAUCGGUCAGUGUGAAGCCCGAUGCCCUUCAAUGGGUCGAAAUUGAUGAGCGCAAGGAUUGCGAUGAGAUUCAAAAUUAUCUUGGGUCGCUAACCGGAGCCCGUUCCGUGCCACGUGUCUUCAUCAACGGAAAAUUUUUCGGAGGAGGUGACGACACUGCUGCCGCCGCGAAGAACGGAAAGCUUGCCAAGCUUCUUCAAGACGCUGGAGCCAUCUAA